CAUCUGGCCACACCCACGGGAUCACUCAACAGCUCCACCUCCUCGGUGAUUGGCCGCCGGAACUGUAGCUCAGGAGAGGCACACAGGAGGCCAAUCACCAGCGUGGAGGUGGAGCUUGGAGAGAAGGAGCCAAGCGGAAGCACGAAGAUCAAAGAAGAUCCAGUGAGGGAGCUGCUGGAGCGACUGAAGAGGAGAUCGGCCAGAGAAGGAAGAAAGCUGACCAAUAAGUGUCUGUACUGUGUAUGCUGGCUGUACAUGGGAGAGGGAGGGAGCGAGCCCAGGCUGGAGCAGGGGUCAGCAAGGUAAGUAUCAUUGGUGUCAGUGGGAG